AAAAAAGACGUGCAAGCAAGGCAAUCGUAUUACCCGCCAGGUCUUGCUUCUUCUUCAUCGCCGAAUCCCAACCCUAUCCCUAACCGUGAUCAUGGGGACGGAAGUGGAGACCUCGGAAGUGGAGACCUUGGUUCCGCUGCUGCAUUCCGAGACGACGGAGAAGCCUCGUGGCGGAGGUUUGCUUUCCGAGGUCGACAUUCCGCCAUGGAGGGACCAGAUCACGAUCAGGGGUUUGCUUGUUAGCGCUUUGCUUGGAUCGCUCUUCUGUAUUAUCACUCACAAGCUUAAUCUCACGGUCGGUGUGAUCCCCUCGCUCAACGUCGCAGCCGGCUUGCUGGGGUUCUUCUUUGUUAAGAGCUGGACGGGAUUCUUGCAGAAAUUGGGGUUUUCGGGGAAGCCCUUCACUCGGCAGGAGAACACCGUGAUCCAGACCUGCGUGGUUGCGUGUUAUGGGCUGGCUUUUAGUGGGGGAUUUGGAUCAUACAUGCUUUCAAUGGACCAAAAGACUUAUGAGCUCAUUGGACCAGAUUACCCUGGUAACAGGGCAGAAGAUGUUAAAAAUCCUUCUUUGGGUUGGAUGAUUGGCUUCAUGUUCGUUGUUAGUUUUCUUGGCCUUUUUAGCCUUGUCGCACUUCGCAAGGUUAUGGUAAUUGACUACAAGCUCACCUACCCUAGUGGGACAGCAACUGCCUUGCUUAUAAAUAGUUUUCAUACCAACACUGGAGCUGAGCUGGCAGGGAAACAAGUCCAUUGCCUUGGAAAAUAUCUGAGCAUAAGCUUCUUCUGGAGUUGCUUCAAGUGGUUCUUUAGUGGUGUGGGAGAUUCAUGCGGCUUUGAUAAUUUCCCUAGUUUGGGUCUUGAAGCAUUUAAAAAUACGUUUUAUUUUGACUUCAGUCCAACUUACAUUGGAUGUGGUCUUAUCUGCCCGCACAUUGUUAAUUGCUCAGUCCUUCUGGGAGCUAUUAUCUCAUGGGGCUUUCUUUGGCCAUUCAUUGCUCAACGGGCAGGGGAUUGGUACCCAGAUAACCUUGAAGCCAAUGACUUUAAAGGACUUUAUGGAUACAAGGUUUUCAUAGCACUAUCUCUGAUCCUUGGUGAUGGAAUUUACAAUUUGAUCAAAAUAUUGUAUGUGAGCAGCAAGGCGAUGUGCAAUGUGCAGUCAAAAGAGAGCAGCCUUCCCAUUGCCAAUCAAAAAGAUGAUGAGGAUGAGGAUUCAAUGCUAUCAGAAGAGGAUAAACUACGUAACGAAGUGUUUGUAAGAGACAGCAUACCACCCUGGCUUGCAGCAUCUGGGUAUGUUGCAUUGGCUGCAAUAUCCACUGCGACAAUACCAAUCAUCUUUCCUCAAAUCCCAUGGUACCUUGUUCUGGUUUGUUAUAUCCUCGCUCCAGCACUUGCCUUCUGUAACUCAUACGGCACUGGCCUUACUGACUGGAACCUAUCAUCUACUUACGGGAAGAUUGGCCUCUUCAUUUUUGCUUCACUGGUCGGAUCUAAUGGUGGUGUGAUUGCUGGACUGGCUGCAUGCGGUGUCAUGAUGUCCAUCGUCUCUACUGCUGCAGACCUUAUGCAGGACUUCAAAACAGGCUAUCUCACACUUUCAUCCCCUCGCUCCAUGUUUGUAUCACAGUUGAUCGGAACAGCAUUGGGUUGUGUCAUUGCCCCUCUCACAUUCUGGCUAUACUGGAAGGCAUUCGACAUUGGAUCCCCUGACGGCGUCUACAAAGCUCCCUAUGCAGUUAUUUAUCGUGAAAUGGCCAUUCUAGGCAUUAAAGGUUUCUCGUCACUGCCAAAACACUGCCUGGAGAUUUGCUGCGUGUUCUUUUUGCUUGCCAUUGUCAUCAACCUCGCAAGGGAUGUAACUCCUCCUAAAGUCUCCAAGUUCAUUCCAAUCCCCAUGGCAAUGGCUGUUCCUUUCUACAUCGGAGCAUACUUCGCAAUUGAUAUGUUUGUUGGCACUGUUAUCUUGUUUGUGUGGGAGCGUAUUAAUAAGAAGGGAGCUGAUGAUUUUGCAGGCGCCAUGGCCUCUGGUCUUAUUUGUGGUGAUGGCAUUUGGACCGUCCCUUCAGCUAUUCUUUCUAUCUUCAGGAUUGAUCCUCCUAUUUGCAUGUCCUUUGGCCCUUCUUCAACCUGAUCUUUCGUCAGCGCAACUAGCAUCAUGUGAAUAAGUAGUUCCGUUUAUAUGUACUUUGUUGAUUGACGUUCUUAAUUAUAUAAAUUUUAUUAUCAAUUAAACACUUGUUUCCAGAACUUUGGGGGAUCAGUGUAUAUGACUUAAUAGGAAAUGCUUCACAAA